AUGAAGGGCUGGCUCCAGACCUUGGGCCUGACAGCCCUAUUGGCAAGCCAGGCGCUUGCGAACGAUGUUGAAUUGAAAUCCGACGAUGCGCACCGGCAACGAUGCUCAGGGAUGUACAGUCGCAAAUCUUGGGGAGGAAAUGUUGACCCUUUCAUCUUGGUCAAAUUCUCCAAGUCAGCAGCACAGGACAGUGAUCCCCUGGCCAGCUUGGUCAUCUUCGAAUGGACCGAUGAGGAACUGAUUGGGAAAUAUCGGUCCGACGAUGCUGAGAACAAGGAAACAAUUUGCGACGCCUCAAAUGUCGAUGCAAAGAUUUGUAAAGAAGACCAGCUCGGCUCUUUUGUUCUUACCGACAAUGCCACCGAUGUUUCUACCAGCCCCAUCAUGUCGAAGGCAAUUCACUUGAAUGACCCCGAUGCCGUGAAAUACCCCGUCAGAAAAACUGGAUUCUACUGCGUGAGCACUUACGCGUAUUCUGGAGAGGACUAUAAGGCAGUGGUGACCUUCCGAAACUCCUAUGGCGAGCUCCCUGCUGCGCAAAUCGCAAAGCUUCCCUUCUAUGGGGCUUUGACUAUCGUGUACGCUGUGAUUGGAAUCUUCUGGGCCUUCCUUUACGUGCAGAACCGCUAUGAUAUCUUGCCCGUUCAAAACUAUAUUACAGCAAUCGUUGUAUUCUUGAUUGUCGAGCAGUUGAUGACAUGGGGAUUCUAUGAAUAUCAAAACCGAAACGGCUUAAACGGCGGCGCGAAAGCCCUGAUGGUUAUCGUGGCAGUGCUUAACGCGGGCCGAAACGCCUUUUCUUUCUUCCUUCUUCUCAUCGUUUGCAUGGGUUACGGUGUGGUUAAGCAUUCGCUUGGCCGAACAAUGGUAUAUGUCCGCGUCCUGGCCAUUGCCCACUUCGUGUUUGCGGUUGUCUACUCGGUAGCUAGCCUGUCCAUCACGCCGGAUAGUGCUGGCCCCCUGGUGCUUCUGAUUGUCCUUCCCCUUGCCGCAACCCUAACCGGGUUUUACGUGUGGACCUUAAAUUCUCUUAACGCUACCAUGAAGGAUCUUAUCGACAGAAAGCAAAAGACAAAGGCGAUGAUGUACAAGAAGCUGUGGUGGUGUAUACUCGGCAGCAUCGUUGUGAUCUUCGGUUUCUUCUUCAUCAACUCGUUUGCGUUUGCCGGACGUAGUGAUGCCAGCUUUGUUCCGGAGCACUGGAAGGCGAGAUGGUUCGUGCUCGAUGGCUGGCUCAACCUGGUUUACCUGUUCGAUAUCGGAUUCGUGGCCUACUUGUGGCGCCCAACUGCCAACAACCGCCGCUUCGCUAUGAGUGACGAGCUUGCUCAAGAUGAUGAUGGAUUUGAGAUCCGAUCAUUCGGCAGUGGAUUGGAUGAGGAAGACCCAUAUGACGCUCCUCCUGACUACCCUGGCAACUCAGCUGCCGAGGGCCGUCGUGAUUUGUCUCCAGUGCCUCCCAAGCCCGUCUCCUCAGCACCCCGACAGCGUGAGUCCCUGGAUGAGGAGACAAUAUUCGCAGUGGGCGAAGAAGAUGGUGAUAGGUGGUCCGAGGACGACGAGUCACCCCGCAACUCAAGCGAAAGAAAAAGACUCACUGGCAAAAACAACGAUUAG